GGUUUUUCUUAUUUCUGAGUUUUUUCCUUGAGGGUAUUCAAGUGGUGGAAGUACUGGUAUGUCAUUGGGGAGAAGAUCUGACAGAGUACGUAAAAAAGUCGAUUAUGCCAAGUUUUGUCAAGAUGAAGACGAGAGUACAAACAAUAGCGACGAUGAUUUUCAAGAUGAUGUAGGACCUUUACCAUCAAAAAGAACAAAAACCACAGCUAAGGCAAAAGUUAAAGUGAAAGAAGAAGCAAAGAGUAAGGAACCAGUGACUUUAAAAAGGAAGGAAAGGUUGUCUAGAGAUGAAAAGCUUUACCAAAAAGAGCUGGAGGCUGCUUUAGAAGCCUCUAUAAAAGAGUCACAACAGUCUCCUGAGAAUGUUAGCAGUAACGGCAGUGCAAAUGAUGAUGAGCAAAGAGAACUUUCGGACGAUGAAGUAAUGAUUUUAUCCAAACCAAAGAAACCAAGAUUACUUCCAUCUUCUGACACAGAAGACAAUAAUAAAGAGAACAGUGGCAAUGAUUCACAAACAAACUCUGAAAAGAAGGACCCAAAUAUUGAAGAGGAGGAAAGUAGCAAUGAUGACUUAAAACCAAAACAAAGAGGAAAGAAAUCAGGUGCGAGCAAAGCUGCUGUGAAACAAGAACAAGCCGGAGAUGACGAUCAUGGUACAAUGUCAUUGAAUUUUUGUCAAUUUGGUCUUCACCUCACUGCACCUCCAUUGAUCUGUACAAUUUCUAUCUCCCAUGCAAAGGACACUGUAGUUAAAAUCUGGAAUUACGGCACACAAGUGUGAUAGGACUUGUGAAGGCAAAUUGUGAUAGUACGGGCUGGGCUUGAAAAAAUCUUGAAUUCUAGCUUGCCCUUGGGACAAGUAGCUCUCAAAUUUUGUU